AACAAAAAUGGCGACCUCGGAUGAACGUGGAAAACCCAGGGUACUAGUAUUAGGCGGUACCGGGUUCAUCGGUCGUAACCUUGUGACCUACUUAGUGCAGAAUGACCUAGUUUCAAAGGUUCGGGUGGCAGACAAGGUCCCUCCAGCUCUAGCCUGGCUGAAUCAAAAACACAAAGAUAUAUUUACAAAUCCCUUGGUGGAGUUUAAACAGUCCAACCUCAUAAAUCCAGCGUCUGUAGCCGGGGCCUUCACAGAUCCAGAGGGGGAAUAUGACCUGGUUGUUAAUCUCGCUGCUGAAACAAAAUAUGGACAGUCCGAUGCUGUUUAUCAAGAAGGGACUGUCAACCUCAGCAUGAACUGUGCUCGGGAGGCAGCGAAGCAUAACGUGAGGAUGUUUGUGGAGCUAUCUACGGGGCAGGUGUACGCGGCGGAUAAGAAAUUAGCUCAGGAGGACAGUAAGAUAGACCCAUGGACCAUGCUGGCAAAACACAAAAUGGAAGUAGAGAGACAGCUCAGGAAUCUCACCGAUCUCAAUUAUCUCGUGCUCAGACCCGCCACUGUUUAUGGCCUUGGGGAUAAAAAUGGACUCGCACCGCGCUUAAUCAUUGGAGCUAUCUAUAAAUACACCAGGCAGAAAAUGAAGAUGCUGUGGACCAAGGAUCUCCAGAUGAAUACAGUUCAUGUGUUGGACGUUUGCAGGGCGGUGUGGCAUCUCUGGAACCAUGGCAAGAAGGGACAGGUCUAUAACGUUGUAGACAGCAAUAACACCACUCAAGGUAAAGUCAGUGAGUUGGUGUCGGAGAUUUUCAACAUCAAGUACGAUUUCAUGGGCACUGUUGUUUCCAAUAUGGCUCGGGUCAACAUGACCUCAGUCGUGGAAGACAUCAAUGACCGCCACAUGCGUCCUUGGGCUGAUGCGUGUCAGAAAGACGGAAUCGACAAUACGCCACUAAAUCCAUUUUUGGAUCAGGAACUUUUAUACAAUAAGAAUUUAGCCAUGGACAGUUCCAAACUUAUAGCCACUGGGUUCAGCUAUAGUAUACCACAGGUCAAGGUAGACUGUCUGAGAGAGAUUUUAGACGAUUACAUUAAAUCUGGACUUUUCCCACGUUCACUUCUAUCAUCAGAAAUGCUUUGGAAUGGAGUGGAUCAUGAAGAGACAGAGGAAAUUCUAGCGGAUCAAAAUGGUUGCCCAGAUUCUUAGCAGUUCUGACUUCCAGCAUUUUACUUUUGUAUUAGCAUUCCAAUAUAUAUCAACAUUAUCUCAAAUUUAUUUACAAGAUUUUAAUUUUUUUUUGCUCAUUGUGUUCAAAGGAAAAUUGAGAGUUUUGAAUGGUUGAGUUCCAAGAAAGCUGGACUUAAUAUAAGUUUUUUUUUAAGAAUUAUUGUUUGUGCAUUGUGUAUUAUCUUUCUUUAAGGAAGGAAGCCACAUUUUUAAAGAUUUGAACCAUUUUGAAAAUGGAUUCAUUGAAAGUGUAUUUACUAUGAAUGUUAAAGUAGCUCUCACAUAGUUAAUCAAAAUGUUAACAGGUAUGGCUGAACACAAAUAUCUUAUAUUUUAAUGCUCAAUUGUCAGGUAACUGAAAUCUUUCGAUUGGGUUUUACGAGAGGGAGACUUUUUUUGAGUCAAUGUACUAUUUUGUUAAGGAAUCAUUUGAAUGAUAAACAAUCAGUAUGAUAGUAUCAAAGGGUCCUUUCUUUGGCUUUGGCUAUUGUUGCUCAAGUGAGCUAUGUGGCCCAGGGGCCUCUUGCUUUAAUGGAUGUGGGGUGAGUAAUUUAACUCAUACCCAAUCAACAUUAGAUAUAUUUCCCCAUUUCUUGCUCAUUUUGUUCUUAAGAACAAACUGAAGGAUAUGAAAUGAAAUACACAGUAGUCCUAAUUUCAGUAUUUCUCAAUCAUAGCAUUCCAUACAUGAACAUCACCACAAUAACUCUAUGGAGACUAAACCUACAUUUAGUUUGGAAGUAUAGACUAGAAAUCAUGUGGUAUUCUGAGCAGAUCCAAAAAUCAUAAUUAUAUUAACGCAUUUGUGUCUCACAUUUUGUACAAGCAUUUAUUAUCUGCAUGUCUUCCUUUAUCUUACAAGUCUAUAAAGAUGGUCUUUGCAUGGUCUUGUGGACAUUUUUGAUGUUAAUGGUCAUUUUCCUUUUCGGUUUUAUACUCUAUGAAUCGCUACAGUAUAUAUUGCCUUCGAUAUGAGGACUGGUUAUAACAUGCACUAUUUUUGAGACAUUUUUUUAUAAACCUUUAAAUGAAUUUCUAUUGUUGGUUAUCAACUUGCAUAGUUUUUUUGUGCAUCUCUGGUUAGAUAUCAUGUACGAUUUGUUCAAAAUGCAAGUUUUUAUUUUAACUCCAUGUCCUUUUUUUCAAUUGUGUACUCAAAGCUUUAUUUGCCAGACAAUCAGGAGACAAACAAAUGUUAGAUAAAAGGUAAGGUAAAUACGGUAAAUUGACACUUUUUAACUCACUUUCUAAGAAUUAGGUGUGUACGUUGGGGUUGAUCUAGUAUAUACAUGAUUGUGUGAAGCAUUGAGACCAUAUUGGUGCAUAUUAAUGAGGAUUUUUAGUGCAUAAUUAGGAUAUAAAUUUAUUAAAAGUAACUUUAAAUCGGCCGAUUGGAUUGCUUGUAAUUGAUUGUUGUUAAACAAUCAACAGAUCACAAGUUGUUUUCAUUUCAGAUUUCACGAUCGUCUUAAGAUGUAUAAAAAAAGUUGUUUUCCUUAUUUUCCUUACAUUAUGGUAUUUAUUCUCACUUGGUCUUCCUCUAAAAGACAUCGUAUGUUAGAUUAGAGAGAGAGAGAGAGAGUCAGUAUUCAGGCUUACCUUUAUUCUAUGCAUAUCAUUGGAGAUGUUUGCUUAUGGCUGUUUUGUACUACUUUACAAUUGUUAUCUUUUUCCGACCAAUUCAUUUUGCCAAAUGUCAUAUAUUUGUUAUCAGUCAAUCAAUAAAUUUGUUUUAAAACUAAAUUUGUA